UGUAAACAACUUGCGGCAUCGUGUUGUUAAUGAAGCACAAAGUCACAUUCGUGAUUUUUUUUUUCUUGUUCAAAACAUUCCUUAACAACUUAAUAUUCUAGUGUAUUGUGAUUUAGUUGAAACAUUUUAUCUAAUAAAGUAGAAAAAAAUGCUUGACUAGCUGCCAAUAACAGUGAACUAAACGCGCCGUCGAUCACAACCUUCGAGGGGGCAUGUCCGGACCGUCAUACCGGAACCGGAACCGCAACUGUUCAGAAUGGCCCACUCGUGGACCGACGCCAUUCACACCACUUCCCUUACGCCGCGUGACUUCCAGGUCGAAUUGCUGGCUUCGGCACGCGAGCGGAACCUGAUUUUGUGCCUGGCCCACAACUCAAACAAAGAAUUUAUUGCCCUCAAGUUGAUACACGAGCUCGGGUUCCAGCUGCGAAGUACAGCUCAACGCCGGAAGCGGACCCUGUACAUUUCGAAUAAUGACUCGGUGUACAGUUUGAUGCGGAAUCUGACAGAUUUAAAGGUUGUGCACGUUGAUGGGGACGAACCGGACUGGGAGCGGAUUGUGGCGGAUUAUCAGGUCAUAAUUGCGAACGAGCGGAAGUGCCUGGAUGCCGUUGUGUGCGGUUAUCUGGAACUAGACGAGGUUAAUCUGCUGGUGAUUGACGAGUGUCACAAGAUAUACGGCAACGUAGAGAUUGCGGAACUGUUUAGCGAGUACUACGAGCGCUGUCGGGAAAGGCCAAAGAUUUUGGGAUUGGCCGGACCGCUGCACAACGCCGGUUGCAUUCCGGGUCGGCUCAGUGCCGAGUUGGAACAGCUCGAGCGAUGUUUGAAGGCUAAGGCGGAAACGGCCAGCGAUAUUGUGACCGUGUUGAGAUACUGCACCAAACCAAAGGAGUUGAUUUUGCAGUGUGCUCCGCCGCAGCAAUCCGAGCUUGCUCUCUACUUGCGUGAAAUCGUGGAAACUCAAAUGACCUUCCUGCAGGAGCACCGGUACGAUCCGUCGGAAAUCUACGAAGAUGAUGAGUUCCUUGAAGAGCUGAAACACAUUCCCGACCCGAAGGUCGAUCCGCUCAACUUCCUGCGGGAAUUUCUCACCGUUCUAGACGAAAUGGGUCCUUGGUGUGCGGAUCGAGCUGCACUCGCUCUAAUUGUACAAAUCGAAAAGCGAAAGAUCAAAACGCCAUACGAGCGUCACUUUUUGCUGCUCUGCCUCGUUUCGACGGUGUUUGUCCAGAUACGGUCGUACUGCGACCUUGUUUUCCAACAGUACGCCACCGAGUUGGAACGGAUUGAGGCACAUUCAACGCCCAAGGUUCUGCGAAUGUUGGAGAUAUUCCGUCUAUUUCGGCCGGAUGGUGCCAAUCGUGGCACUGUUAGUUCAAAGGCGCCAAUCAAAGAGGUGACGGAAUCCUGCCAGCUUCCGUCUUGCCAAAGUUUGCUCAAGGAAAUUAAAACGGUAGAUUUUCAAAAGUUUGUUGAUCGUGUGGAAACAGUUACCAGCAGCAUUGCCAUCAUCACCGAAGGUUUGGAAAGUUUGAAGACUUCAGUUAAAAGCAUAUCGGACGCACCUCCACUAAAACAAAAUCUAGUGUUCAACGAAAAGAAACCACGAUCGCCGUUCAAAAACGGCAUCCGCCAAAUUCGUCAACGCAAGAAAAUAGGUUUCACACAUCGAAAUCGUUCUAAUUUCCACAACCAGAACGAUCCGGACGCUUUGUGUGCGUUAAUCUUUUGCAAUUCCAAAUUUACCACUAAAAUACUGUACAGCCUCCUGUACGAAGCCGUUCGUUCUGAUCCUCAACUCUCCUACAUCAACGUCCAGUACACGGUGGACAAAAGUGCCAACCCAAUUACCGAGCCGAAAGAAGCCGAAGUCGAACACCGUAAGCAGGAAGAUGUGCUCAAACGAUUCCGAAUGCACGAGUGCAAUCUGCUAAUAGGAACGUCCGUGCUGGAAGAGGGCAUCGAUCUGCCCAAGUGUAAUCUCGUGAUCCGGUGGAACGAACCGGUCAGCUAUCGGUCGUACGUCCAGUGCAAGGGCCGGGCGCGGGCGCCAUCCGCGUACCAUAUUUUAAUCGUGACGCCAAAAGUGGACCAAUUACUCGCGGCAAAUGGGGCGCGGGAUGAUUUGAGCGAGCAGGUCCAUAGGAGGGUUUGCGAGAGGACAAGCCGGGUCAAGAUGGAAGAAGAAGAAAGUGAUGAUGAUGACGAAGAGAAAAGACCGACUUCCCUGAGUGGUUCAAAUUUGUGUUUGGUGAAAAAUAGUGAAACUAUAGCUGAAGAAACUCAAAAAUUAGGUUUACAAGUAAUGGAAAAUUGUACAAAUGAAAUGAUCGAAAAAAUUGCCAUUUACAUGGAAAUUGAAAAGCUACUUCUGCGCAAAUGCGAAAACAUGGAACCUCCGGAGAGUGAACUCAAGCACGCCGACUGCUUUAGUCGGUUUUUCGAAAUCUACCGCCCGCUACCAGAAACGGAGGAAAACAGCAACGGUGUUGGGCUGGCCAACGCCAUCCAAAUGAUUAACAAGUACUGCGCCAAGCUACCCAGCGACACUUUCACCAAGCUUACCCCGCUGUGGCGCUGUGCCAAGACCACCCGGAAGGGACAUGACCUGUACCAGUACACCAUCCGGAUGCCCAUUAACUCCCCGCUCAAGGAGGACAUUUUGGGUUUGCCCAUGCCGACGGAAAUCUUGGCGCGAAGAAUGGCCGCGUACAUAGCGUGUCGCGUGCUCCACAAUGCGGGCGAGAUUGACGACUCAUUGCACCCGAUCGGGAAGGAAUCGUUUCGUGCGUUCGAAGCGGACUGGGAAGACUUUGAGCUGGAGAGCAUCGACGCUCAGAUUGUCAGCGAGAAUUCCGAGCCUAGGCCGGGAACUACCAAAAGAAGGCAGUAUUACUACAAAAGGAUUGCAUCAGCCUUUUCGGAAUGCCGACCAACGGUCGGUUGCAAGGUUUACCUCUACCACAUAAACAUGACGCUGCAGUGUCCCAUUCCGGAGGAACAAAACACUCGUGGUCGCAGGAUUUACCCGCCGGAAGAUUCCCCUCAAGGUUUUGGGAUCUUAACGGCCAAGCUAAUUCCGAAAGUUAGUGCGUUUCCAAUCUUCACCCGUUCCGGGGAGGUCAAAGUGGCGCUUAAUUUGUGCGCGGAACGAACAAUUUUGAACCAAGAACAGUUGGACAAGAUCAAUCUCUUUAUCAAUUAUACCUUCACCAAAGUGCUUCGACUGCAGAAAUAUCUUAUGCUGUACGAUCCGAUGGCCACGGAGAAUUGCUUUUUCAUCGUACCAACAAUCACCCGACAGAGUGUGGUCACCGUUGAUUGGGACUUUAUCGAUAUUAUCGCAAAAAGUGUAGAUAAAAUGCCGACCUUCAUCCCGGAUGAAAAUCGAACAAACUACACGUUCGAUAAUGUUCAGUUUAGGGAUGCGGUCGUAAUGCCAUGGUACCGGAACCAGGAUCAACCGCAGUAUUUCUACGUGGCAGAGAUCUGCUAUCACCUGUCGCCCAAAAGUUCCUUCCCAGGCCUAAACUACAGCACGUUCGAGGAAUAUUACUACAAAAAGUACAACAUUCAAAUCCAAAAUUGCAAACAACCCCUCCUAGACGUCGAUCACACCAGCGCCAGACUAAACUUUCUCACACCUCGCUACGUAAACCGCAAGGGAGUGGCCCUCCCAACCAGUUCCGAAGAAACCAAACGGGCCAAACGUGAAAAUCUCGAGCAAAAACAAAUUCUCAUCCCCGAACUGUGCACGAUUCACCCAUUCCCAGCGUCACUCUGGCGAGCGGCCGUUUGCCUGCCUUGCAUCCUGUAUCGCAUCAACGCACUCCUGUUGGCGGACGAAAUCCGCAAAGAAGUAGCGCACGACCUGGGACUCGGUGCCACGGACAUCUCGGACGCGCAAUUCGAGUGGCCCAUCCUGAACUUUGGCUGGAGUCUGGCGGACGUGCUGAAAAAGUCCCGCGAGGCGAAGCUGACCGCCAAAGCUGUGCUCGAGGAAGUUCCGGAAGUGACGGAACCGGAAGAGGCUGAAAAGAAGGACGAUCCGGUUGAGGGUAAAGCAGAUGGGGUCCAGAAGUCUGAGGAUCCGCUGAGCGAUGAAAAGACGGCGAAUGAUUUGCUGGAAGAAGCGGACGCAAAGCUUAAGGCGGAAGGGUUCCAGAUUGGAACGUGGUCCAAUGAGAUGGCGGAAAGUGUACAGUCGGAGUUUAUGGACGACGGGGAGAACUGGGGACUGCCGGGGAAUGUGAACAUCUGCUCCAGGAAUCGAACAAACAUCCGCUACGGUUCGCCGACUUCGUGGGACGUGGACAACAAGGAGCAACCAACGGACGCUCGAUACUACAGCGACUCGGAGGGAUCGUACGGCUCGGACGACGAUCUGGACAGUGGCGGCGAGGAAAACGAUUCCGACCAAGGAAGGUACGGACUCAAGAUUGAGUUCAAAUCGGACAACGUGGCCGAAGCGAUCGAAUCGGAGGACGAUAUCAUGAAGCGACAGAAGCAACGAGAUAUAAUCAAUAGCACUAACAUGAACGAACAGCUUUAUCAAACUUCGAAGAAUGUAAGCAGCGGGUUUGAUUGUACCAGAAACGAUGAGCUGGAGAUUAAUGUCAAACUUCACGAGGAACAGUUCGAGCGAUCGACGAACCAAUUUAAAGAACAAAUUAAAAACUGUGGAACGCUUGUGAAAUGUGAUGAGAAGUUGACGGUUGAAAAUCAUUUGAAACAAGGAAGAAACGCUGCAACUGUGCAAUCUGACGAGCGGGACAUUUAUGAAUUGUUUCCAUACGCUUCGAAGCAGGAGGUAGAUCGGUUUCUAUUCACGAACGAUCGAGGCGUUACAUACAUGAAUCUCGAAGGAUUCUACGAUCUGAAUAGGCCAUAUUUUCCAGAAAAGUACUCCAUUAUAGGCACGGGAGAUGUUUUCGACCGGUUUAAUGAUGAAAAUCUGUUAGAAGUGAAUGAAAACAAUGAAAAAACAAUUACAUUUAAUAUAGAAUAUCCUCUAGUAGUUAGGAAUCAAACGAAAGACCAUCAAAAGCGAACAUUGCCUUCUGUCCCAAACGUUGCCACCGCCAUCAACGGUUCUUUGGGCGAGUUUAGCUUCGACUACCAGCCAGACUUGACGAAUCACCCGGGUCCUAGUCCCAGUAUAAUCCUGCAAGCGCUCACCAUGUCCAAUGCCAACGAUGGCAUCAAUCUGGAGCGGCUGGAAACGAUUGGCGAUUCCUUCCUGAAGUAUGCCAUCACGACGUAUCUGUACUGUACCUACGAGAACGUCCACGAAGGUAAACUGAGCCACUUGCGCUCAAAGCAGGUGUCCAAUUUGAACCUGUACCGGCUGGGCCGGAGAAAGGUUUUGGGCGAAAGCAUGAUUGCGACCAAGUUUGAACCGCACGACAACUGGCUGCCACCCUGUUAUUACGUGCCAAAAGAGCUGGAGCAGGCGCUCAUCGAUGCAAAGAUCCCCGCUUGUCACUGGAACCUGGCUGAUUUGCCCGAUAUCAAGCAGCUGUCGAGCGAAGAAAUCUGUAAGCUUGUCAAAGAACGCGCCCAACUGCUCGGUCUGCUCGAUGAUUCGGAUAACGAGGAAGGUGAGCACAUGAAAGAAAUUCAGCAGCUGGAGAUCCGGAACGACGAGUUUAUCAAAAAUUCGGAUUACUUUGCAUGCUUCAUUCCGUACAAUCUGGUCACGCAGCACAGCAUACCGGAUAAAUCGGUGGCGGAUUGCGUCGAAGCGUUGAUCGGGGCCUACCUGAUCGAGUGCGGUCCACGAGGAGCUCUGUUGUUGAUGGCAUGGCUAGGAAUCCGGGUGCUUCCGGUGUGCGAGCAACCCUUUGAUCCAACUGCGCCACGCAUUCCCGGAAGUUCGGCACCGUAUGAGGUGAACGGCAAGCAAAUCCAGUCCAUCUACGGAUACUGGAUUCCGCCGAGAUCACCACUCCUAACCCAUGCUCCCAACCCGGAGAAAUCCCUGGAACAUCUACUUGACGGAUACAGCGCUUUCGAAGAUUCGCUGGGAUACCGUUUUCAAGAUCGUUCCUACCUACUGCAAGCCAUGACCCACGCCUCGUACUGUCCGAAUCGACUGACCGACUGUUACCAGCGGUUGGAAUUCCUCGGCGAUGCCGUGUUGGAUUAUCUCAUCACGAGGCAUCUCUACGAAGAUCCGCGCCAGCACUCUCCCGGAGCACUUACGGAUCUUCGAUCUGCGCUCGUCAACAAUACCAUAUUCGCUUCGUUGGCCGUGCGGCACGAUUUCCACAAGUACUUUAGGCAUCUCUCACCCGGGUUGAACGAUGUGAUAGACCGUUUCGUGCGCAUCCAGCAGGAUAAUGGCCACAGCAUCAGCGAGGAAUACUAUCUCAUAUCGGAGGACGAAUGCGACGAAGCGGAAGACGUUGAGGUUCCCAAGGCGCUGGGCGAUGUUUUCGAGUCUGUCGCGGGAGCAAUCUUUCUCGACUCGAACAUGUCGCUGGAUGCUGUUUGGAGGGUUUACCGCGGAAUGAUGGGACCGGAAAUUGAGCAGUUUAGCAAUUCGGUGCCAAAGUCGCCGAUCCGAGAGUUGCUGGAGCUUGAACCGGAAACGGCCAAAUUCGGAAAACCGGAAAAGCUGGCCGACGGGCGCCGGGUUCGCGUUACGGUGGAGGUGUUUGGCAAAGGAACAUUCCGCGGCAUUGGUCGCAACUAUCGAAUCGCCAAGUGCACCGCCGCCAAGUGUGCACUUCGCCAGCUCAAGAAGAUGGGCCUAAUUAACAAGCGUCGCUAGAGAUAAGUAAGGUAAGUGGGCUUCGUUAUCUAAAGUGCAGGAUUCAUUUGUUCAAGUUGUUUGCAAAACUCUGACAUCAUGUUCCUAUUAGUUUUUAAAACGAUCGUUCGAGGUUUCACAAAUGCAGUUUUAUGUUUCUAGUCAUAAUUUCAAAAGAAUUACAAGACAUCUGAAAACGAAUCUAUAAACCUUAAAAAAACAAAACAAUCAUUUUGCACAUAAAUAUUGGCCUACAUUUCUGCUAGAUACAUUUUAAAUUGUGGCAUCAUAAUAUUAGAAAUAUAAAUUUAACGU